GAGAAGCGUCAGUGUUCUUUAAGAGUCCCGCCCGCCGGCCCAGAAGCCAGUUGCUUGCCUAGGCGCGCUGGCUAGUGGAAUCCAAACCGGCCGAGAGCAGCAGAGCGAUGGCAUCCUCAGAGAAUCUGAAUGCUAAGACCGAAGAGGUCAUGGCGGAGGUAGAAGGCGUUCUGGAGCCUGUAGGCUUACAGGAAGAAGCGGAGCUGCCAGCCCGGAUCCUGGAGGAGUUUGUGAAGAACUCUCGGAAGAAAGACAAGCUGCUUUGUAGCCAGCUUCAGGUCUUGAAUUUCUUACAGACUUAUGUGGCUCAGGAGGAUACCGCCCAGAGCCCAGACAAUUUGGUUUCCGAAGACACGAGCCGACAGAAGGCAACUGAAGUUAAGGAGGAAUGGAAGAAACUGAAGGCCGUUUACCUGAAGCACAUGGAAAUCCUAAGAUGUGGCUUCACCAAGGCCUUACCCCAGGUUGCAGAGAUCCAAAGGAAGUACACAGAACUCCGGGAGGCGGUGGAGCAACUCCAGGCUAAGAAGCAAGUCCUUGUGGAGAAACACGAAGCAGCUCAGAAGCACUGGCAGCUGCAGCAGAAGCGUAUACAGAGCCUGGAAGAGAUUUCUGCCGAGAUAAAGGGCCAUCAGAAGAGAGCUCGGCAGAAGCUUGACGGGUCGCAUCAGGAGCUCGAAACCUUGAAGCAGCAAGCAGGCCAGGAACUGGAGAAACUCAAGAAGAACCAGACCUACCUCCAGCUGCUGUAUGCCCUGCAGAAUAAGCUAGCGGUCUCCGAGGACAAAGACAAGGAAGAAGAGAAAGACGAGGACGAAGAUGAGGACGAGGACGAAGAUAGCACAGCACUUCCUCCUCCACCUGAAUCUCUUUAAAGGGACUCGUUUCAGUCGUGAAGACCCCUGGAAGCUACAGAAAUCUUGACUAACUUUGGAGUCUUGAUUGCUAUCAACAGUUUACUAUAUUUCUUUUUUACUGGGUUUCAUAUUCAUUUGUUUACAAAGAAGCUAAAUGACGGCCUGGUUCAGUUUUUAAUUUUGUGUCAGGAGCAGUGGUUAUGGUGUAUUUCAAAAGAUGUUUGCAUCUCGGAAGUUUUUCUCAAUAUCAUUAAAGUUUUGUGAGAAUGU